AUGUACAAAUUCGAAGGAUGGCUAGGCCACGAUGCAGAGGCCUCUGAAGGGAAGAUGGUUUGGGGAGAAUUUGAACCCAAAACAUUCAACGAACAUGACAUCGAUAUCCGCGUCACCCACUGUGGUAUUUGCGGUACCGAUGUUCAUGUGCUCCGUUCUGACUGGGGUCCAACGACAUAUCCCUGCUGUGUUGGACAUGAAGUUGUCGGGAAAGCCGUUCGUGUUGGCACCGCCGUUAAAUCUAUCAAAGUCGGUGAUCGAAUUGGUGUUGGUCCGCAAGCCCGAAGCUGUUUCCGGGAUGACUGCUAUGAAUGCUCCUCAGGGAAGGUCAACUACUGCCCCAGGGCCGUGCCGACUUUCAAUGGCACAUACCCGGACGGCGAGGGCAGAUCCUUCGGCGGGUUUGGAAACUACGUUCGGACUGAUAGCCGUUUCGCCGUCAAGAUUCCAGACGGCUUGCCCUCUGAGCAUGCAGCCCCUAUGCUGUGUGCUGGAAGUACGCUGUAUGCGUCCCUGAAAAAAUACAGAUGCGGUCCUGGGAAGACAGUUGGGAUUGUCGGAAUAGGUGGACUGGGACACUUUGGUAUCCUGUUUGCGAAAGCGCUCGAUGCGGAUCGAGUUGUGGCUAUUUCGAGGGGUUCAUCCAAACGUGAUGAUGCGCUUGCUUUUGGAGCGGACGGUUUCAUCGCAACCGGGGAGGAUUCUGAGUGGGCAUCGAAGAAUGAAAGGACACUGGACCUUCUCCUGGUGACGUCCUCUGGGAGCAACAUGCCGAUUGACCAAUACAUGACCGUUUUGAAAACGGGAGGUUCCAUCAUACAACUAGGUGCUGAUCCGGGCGGCCAACACCCAAGCUUCAGCUUGCUGACGCUGUUAUACAAGGAACUGAACAUUUCCGGUGCGAUUUGUGGCUCUCCUUCUGAAAUGGAGGAAAUGAUGGAUCUAGCCGUCAAGAAGAAUGUUAAGCCUUGGGUCCAGACAAUUCCGAUGGCAGAAGCUAACCAAGCGCUUCGCGAUUUGGAGGCUGGACAGCCACGAUAUCGGUUUGUCUUGGUCAAUGAUGGAAACAACUAA